AUGUUGCUGGCGUUUCUUCUCUUGCUUGUUCCGCUAGCGGUAGAUUCCAAGUUACCACCUUUUUUCCUGGGUAAAAUCAAUGGCCAGACUGUUUUGAAGUAUGUUACAGUUUCGUCUCUCAGAAUAUGUAUUUUCUUUAGCCAUCAUUUGAACAGACAUCUUGUUACUGAUGGCGCAAGUGUCUUCGAUGACUACCCAUACCUUCAAGUUCAUAAUUUCACCCAGAAGUUAGACCAUUUUGACAGGUACAACACUAAAACAUGGAACCAGAAAUACUUCUACAACCCAAAAUACUCAAGAAACAACUCAAUCAUUUUUCUUAUGAUUGGUGGAGAAGGUCCAGAGAACGGUCGUUGGGCCGCAAAACCAGAAGUUCAAUAUCUCCAAUGGGCCUCCGAGUUUGGAGCUGAUGUUUUCGACUUGGAGCAUAGAUUUUUCGGUGACAGUUGGCCAAUCUCAGACAUGGAAACCAGCUCCCUGCAGUAUCUUACUACUCAACAAGCUUUAGCAGAUUUGGCAUACUUCAUUGAGUCAAUGAACCAGAAAUACGGUUUCAAAAAUCCUCGUUGGGUAACUUUUGGAGGCAGCUAUCCAGGAUCAUUGUCCGCUUGGUUCAGACAAAAAUAUCCAGAACUGACAGUCGGAUCCGUGGCGAGUAGUGCUCCAGUUAACUUGAAGCUUGAUUUCUAUGUGAACAUAAAAUAUUCAGAGUACGCAAUGGUCGUUGAGGAUGAUUUGAAGUUGACUGAUCCCCAGUGCGCACCUGCUGUUCGCGAUGCGUUCACUAAGAUUCAACAAAUGUCAUUGACGGCCGAAGGGAGAAAUUCGUUGAAUACAUAUUUCAACCUCCAACCACCCUUUGAUGCGAAAACAACAAAACUCGAUAUCAAUAAUUUCUUCGGUAACCUCUUCAACACAUUCCAAGGAAUGACUCAGUAUACUUAUGACGGACAGAGCAACAGCACGCAUUCCGAUAAAACUGUCAGAAAAAUGUGUCAAAUAAUGACUAACGCCACUGAGCCUAAUACUGUUAAGCGAGUUGAAAAUCUGUUCUUAUGGUUCAACCAAAUGGAACCAGCUGGACCUGAUCUCUCAGUUAUGCCAAAUAGCUAUUGGGAUGUUAUCGCUCAAGUGGGAAGCGGAAAUUUAACAGUUCUUGGGGAAGGCGGAGCGGCUGCUCGUGGAUGGAUGUGGUUGUGUUGUAACGAAAUUGGCUUCUUGCAAACGACUAACCAAGGAAACAAUGCUUUCGGAACUGGUGUUCCAUUAAAUCUUUUCAUCGACAUGUGCACUGAUAUGUUUGGAGAUUCCAUGAAAAUCAAACGGAUUAUGUCUGGCAACAAGCUGUCCCAAAACUAUUAUGGAGGAGCUGAUUUUUAUAACGCUACAAAUGUCGUACUUCCAAACGGUUCUUUAGACCCGUGGCACGCAUUAGGUACCUACAAAACUAAUGACAAUCAAAAUCUUCUCCCUUAUCUCAUCAAUGGAACAGCCCACUGUGGAGACAUGUAUGCAUCCUAUGAUGGCGAACCUGCUUCUCUUCCAGCUGCUCGUGCAUUCAUCAAGCAACAUGUUCGCGAGUUCAUUAGAUACAAUCCAGCCGUAGAUGGUCCAAAAGGUAGCGCUGCUUUCCAGUCUGUGUUCUUUGUGUUCUCACUUCUCGCUUUUUUGAUUUUGCAGUAA